AUGGUGGCUCUUGCCUUGCCCCGACGCAACAAGGACACAGGCUCUGGCGCCGCUGGCGAGACCACCCCUUGCUCCGAGGUGCCGCUACCCCUCCCCGCAGUCCACGCUGCCUCUUUCAGCGGCAGGCCUUCUCCUGAGCCUGGUCAUCCCGAUGCCAGUGCUGAUGCUGAGCGUGUCAAGCCCAAGCGUUCUUCCAGCUUCGGUCGUGGCCUCGGCCAGCUCGCUUCGCUCACUACCGGCAAGCCCAAGGCUGUCGACCUCAUGUCGUUCGGUCGAACAAAGUCCGGCGCUUCCGCCCCUCAGUCGCCCUCGACUGUGCCUGUGGCCGACAGCGUUACCGGAGCUGCUUCCGUUUCGAUCAACGGCGGCGCCGGUGCUGGCGCUCUCAUGGGUCCACCUUCUACGCCGGAUCCGUCGCACCUUACUCACUUCUCGCUCCGGCUCAGCGACCUCGUGAACAAGGCUUUUGUCCCCUGCGCCGCCGCUAGCGCCCCUGCUGCCCACACCAUUUCGGUAGCCUCCAACGUCGCUGCGGCAGCCAAGGGCCCUACCACUCCCAAGAUCAACCAGAUCACUUACGAAGGCAAACAUCUUCCUGAUAAGGCCAAAAUCAUCGAGAUCACUCAACUCGUCGUCGGUGAGCUUCGCUACGCUGAAGCCGUCGAUGCCUACCUCUUGCGUGCUGUCUCGCGCCAGAUCCUCAAGGCGCUCACCCUCUUUGCCGCUCGCAUCGACUCUCUUCUCGUCUCACCCACCAAGGAUCCCGGCGCAGUCCGCAUUCCCACCAAUGCAAAGGAAGGUCUUCAUCUCCCCGCCGCCAUGGAGUUCAACCUCGGCUUGGUCACGCUCGAGUGGAUCGUUGAGGACAGCCUCGAGCGUUGUAUCGAGGGCGAUCGCGACGCGCACGGAGAGCUUAUCGCUGAUGAGAAUGGUGCCGUCCACGACGGCAUGCCACACUUUGUCUCCGAGAUCCUCACGCCUGUUCGCAAGAGGAUGGAGGGCACCAUCCUCCACAUCAUCCAGCCCAUCCUGGCGCAGACCAAGCAGUCCAUUGCGCGAUGCAUCUCCACCGCCGUUCCCACUCCCUUUGUCAGCCCAGUCACGCUUUCGCCCUCCACAACUUCGGCAAGUGGCACCCAUGGUGGCGCUGCUUUCGCCGCCGCCGCUUCUUCAGGCGGUGACAGUCGCACUGCUUCUCCUCCUCCUUCUGCCGCUGCAUCCACCGCCGCCCUGACAGCCACGACUCCCGGCAAUAUGUCUCCGCCUCAUCGCGUCCCUGAGACUGGUCCCGGUUCGGCCUGGCUACGCGAGCUCGACGGACGUCUCGAAGGCGCUCGCAAGCUCCUGCUGCCUCGCAUCGAGGAACGCUGUGGCCAGGAUGGCGAAGCUUGGUUCAUCUCUGUUGCCAUUCAUGUCAUCUGGAAGGGUCUCAUGAUCCUCACCUCUCGUUCCGUCGCACUGCCCAUCAACGCCGCCUCGGAGCUGCUUUCGGGAAGCAAUGCUGCCAGCGCUUCUGCCUUUGACCGUCUCAUGGGCGAGGUCAACCAGAAGCGUAGUCCUUCACCUGCCCAGCUCAGCUCAGCCCUCAAGGCUGUUGGUGUAGGCUCGAGCCGCAGCAAGCGUCGAAGCCUGGAUCCUGCCAGUCUCGUUUCCGAUUCGGGUCGCCAGAGCCCUUCGUACUGUGCUACCGCGUCUGGCUUGAGCUCGAUCGCACCCUUUUCGCUCGUCAGCGCCCGCCUUUGUGCACACCAACUCGCUGAGCUCCAAACCUUUGAAAAGUUGAUGCUUCGAUUCUGCGAUGGGUUUUUGCGCAAACCAGGUACGCAGUCCAAGAAGACCGUAAAGGAUACCAAGCGAUCCCGCUUUGCUUUGUUCUCGUCCGGCGGUGCAAGCCUUGGCGGCGCCAAUCAGCCUGUUCUUGACCUCUCGGCUUACGAUCCUGACGAGGAGGACGAACUUGCGCGUGCCGCACUCGCCGAGGCCAUGCAUGCGCUGCGCAGCACCAUCAUUGUGUUGCUGUCGCUCGAGCGUGAGCCGGCCACCAUUUGCGCCGGUCUCGAGCAGCUCAAGAGUCUUCCCGGUAACUCCGAGGCUGACCCCACAGGCAACUCUGCUUCCUCCGCGAUCGCUCUGGGCACUGAGGUCACUAAAGCCCUUGAUGCGAUCCCAAACCUGUUGCUCCUACACAUUCUCUACAACCGUCUUCCCAUGGCUCCCGGUCGUCUCGAGCUGCCUGCGCCGCCUGCCUUGUUCGGCUACACGUGGACCGACUACGAAAAAGCGAUUGCUGGGUUUGCCGGGGGUGAGCAAUGGGCUCAAGCCGUUGCAUUGCGAUACAAGCCUGAGAUCGAAAAGGCUUGGAGAUCCAUCGCGAUUCGACAGGAUGAAAGACUGGCCGGCUUGGAGCACAAGGCGGCUGCGGGCGGUGGCAAGACUGGAGCUGUGCGAUCUUCGCGCUCCGUGUCCGGACCCUUGUCCAGGGGUAAGUCGGCCCUUGCGCGCGGCGGCGGAUCGUUGCACUCGGAGGAGGACGAUGAGGAUGAGGAUGAGGAUGCGCACAGCGAUGCGCCUGAAGCAAUGUCGCAGUCAGUGCCUGAGCUCAAGAAGCCUAACAGCGAUGGCACUAGCGGCAGUGAGAACGAAGCUGGCGACCUCGCCGAAGGUGCAACGAGCCGUGGACGUCGUUCCUCUGGUCGUUCUCCCAGACGUAGCUCGACGCUCGCACAUCCGGCUAUGGCCGAAGCUGCUGCUGCUGCUGCUGCUGCUGCUGCUGCUGUCACUACUGCUGCUAACGGUAGUGCAGUUGCUGCUGGUGUUGCAGCGCCUGCACCACGAUUCUGGCGCCGAAACACGUCCAACGGGCGCAGUGGCUUCCACCUCUCGUUUGCGGGGCUUCGCUCUCAAUCGCCUCGCACUGACGGUGCUGCCACCCCACCGAUCGUCACCGCCACCACCGCCGACCCGCUGGUCUCGACCACCCUCACAUGGUCUCCUCCAUCCUCAACCGCAAACCUCGUCGCUAGCCCUGCCAGCGAGGUGCCGGCUUCUCCAGCGCGAUCCACGACGAGCGAUGCUCACCUCACCGACGCCAUUGAUGUUGCCGAAGUGACGACGAAGCUCGAAAAGCGCUCGCUGUGCGUGUUUGCUACCGCGCUGACGUAUGCUGGUCGUGGAUCGGUGGCUAUCGAGCUGCGCUAG